AUGUGCGCGGCCCGAUUCGUUCGCCAUCUUUGUUUUAGCUUGUUGCAGGAGGGCUGGCGCGUUAGAAGUCUGCAGUAUCUCCGAAUCAUCAUCGCAGGUUGUGGCGUGUGCUUGCCAUGGAUCAGCGAAGAUGCGGUCGGACGAGGUAUCGAGAUUAAGCAACGCACGUUCAAGUUCCAGCCCAUACCGAGGGGAGAGAUGAGGCGCAGGGUCCCGUUGGGGAAAGAUACGUCGACGAGGAACGAUCACACGCGACGAAGGGCAGCGCGGUACAUGGCCGUUGACGCCCACGCAAGCUUGUGCAAGCUUGUGCAACAGAAGCACGCGCAUCCCGAGAAGAUUGCCGGGCGUGGACAGGGCACGCGAGGAGAAUUGGCUAAGAUGAGGGGACUGCUCCAACACCCCGCUUACACUCCCUCCUCCCCCGCCCAAUCGCUGCCAUACCUCCCUCAUCGAUCACCGCUCAGACCAGACUCCAGCGCUGCACUGGGUACUGAAGUUGCAUCGUCGAGCACCCAUGCGCGGAGCGGACCAAUCGAUGGCGCUGGGAAGGGCCGGCCCGGUGCCCCACACUUGCUAGCAAUCGUACGAGUGGCGGAGCGCGGCUCGGUUGUCUUCGCCGUCUCCCAUCGGCAUGCGUACCGACUCAUCAGCCAGGUUGGUCAAGUGUCACUUUUUCCUCCCCCCUCACUCGUGAACAAUGCCUCACGCGCGGUCCCUAUUCCGAUCCGACUAGAAACAGACUCAUCAGCUGGCAUGCAACACGAAGAAGAAGUUGACACAGGGUUCGAGGCUCCUAACUGGUUGGACAUCCGCAAUGAUGUCGCUUUUGGUAUUGACCUGGAACAUACCGUACGUCUCUCCAGUCUUGACGACUUUCCAGACCGAGAAGGCGUGCAGGCAGCCACAGCUAUCUAA